CUCACACCCCAGUUUCUCCUCCGACAUCCGACACCUGCAUCUUCUCUGUUGGGUCUCUCGCGUACUCACGAGAGCAACGAUGCGCGUCGUUGUACAGAGAGUGAAGCGAGCAAGCGUGGUGGUGGAGCACAAAGAUGCAGAUGGCACGUCCUUGGAACCAUCGACCGUUGUCAGCGAAAUUGGCAAAGGGAUCCUCUGUCUCGUCGGCGUCAAGGAGGGGGACGAGAGGGGGCAUGCAGAGUGGAUCUGUAAGCAGAUCGUGACCGCAAAGCUGUUUGAGGGAAUGUCUGAGGCGAACGCAGACAAGAAAUGGCGGUCCAAUGUCAAGCAAAACGGCUUCGAAAUACUGUUGGUGUCACAGGCGAUUUACCCUCAACGGGCGAGUGUGCUCCAAGGGCAAAGUGGACUUCACCGGUUCGAUGCCCCCGGCAGAAGCUAGGGAGUUUUACAACCGCUUUGUAGACAUGGUCAAGAGCGCUCACGCACCCGAACUGGUGAAAGACGGAGUGUUUGGUGCCAAGAUGGAAGUCUCGCUUGUGAACGACGGCCCAGUAACCGUGAUCGUGGAUUCUGGAGAGAUGAAAAAUGAGACUCCUCUGCCGAAACCGGAGGCGGGCGAAAAGAUUCGGGAUAAAGUUCCCACUGCUGUACCAGCCUUGGAUUCGAAGUGACAACUGGGAGAUCUCUGGAGGAGGGCAACGCUGUGUGAGGCAUUUCGUCUCUUGUCGUCGCGUUCUCGUUCUCUCUCUCUCUCUUUCUCUGUCUCUCUGUCUCUCUCUUUCUCUGUCUCUCUGUCUCUCUGUCUCUCUGUCUCUCUGUCUCUGUCCCUCGCUGAGGGUGAGUACGGCGGGGGAAGAAGGGGGCUUCAGACAGAGGCCGGGGCUACCCCCGGGCUACGUUUUUGAUUUGCUUGUGUUGUUCUGGUAGGUAACGUUGGCAAAAGCAAUCCGAAGCGAUGCAUCUGGACACCGCUAUCUAGACAACAAAAGAUACAAAAGUAUUAUACACCCGACUGGACAACCGGCUACUAACGGCCGAGGUGGGGGCAUGCUGGGGAAUGGCCAUCGUCCGCUAUUACAAAGAUGGUAUGCAGAUCAUUACACGGACGACGGCAUUCUACGCAAGGCAUUGCACUACUGUGAAAAGGUGGAGAAUACCGUCGAGGUGGGAACAUUCAAUGCAUAGCCCACGGUCGUUCUGAAGAAAGUGUCUCGCAAGCAAAAUGCGGGAAAGACCGCUGAACGUUGCACCACC